UAUUUUAGUGGGUUAUGUUUUUGAUUUACCUUUUUUAUAAAUAGUAUAACCAGCAAUAAAAAAAUAAUAAUUUAGAUGAUGCUAAGAAGAAAUUUGAUUAAUAAAUCUUCAACAACACUGCUGCGUAACUUAAAACUCACUGAUUUAAAAUGUUUAUCAACUGCAAUCCCUGAGGCAACUAACUCAUUUCAACAUGAUUUCGCAGAACAUCAUUGCCCAACUAAUUUUUGGCAAAGAUCAGUCUUAACGGUGGGUUCAGCUGCUUUGUCCAUAAUAAAUCCCCAUCGUGGAGACAUGAUUGCCUGCUUAGGUGAAACCACUGGGGAAGGAGCACUAAAAUAUAUGAAAAAACAAAUGGAACAAUCAAAGGAGGGAAUUCAAAUACUAAAAGAACAACCUAGAAUAAAUACUAAAACGGUGAACUUAAAUUAUUUACAAAACUUACCGCAUGAUACCUUGGGAUAUGCUUACUAUAGAUUCUUAGAAGUUAAUCAGGUAACCCCUGACAGUCGAAUGACUGUUCAAUUUAUCGAUGAUAUUGAAUUGGCAUAUGUUAUCCAAAGGUAUCGAGAAGUCCACGAUUUGAUUCACACAAUAUUACAAAUGCCCACCAAUAUGUUGGGUGAGGUCACUGUUAAAUGGGUCGAAGCUCUACAGUUUAAACUGCCAAUGUGUAUUAGUGGAGCCAUUUUUGGGCCUGUGAGGCUUAAAACUAAUCACAGAAAUCUUUAUUUGAAGCAUUAUUUACCUUGGGCUAUUAGGACUGGGACUAAUGCAGAAUUUUUGUUGAAUAUAUAUUUUGAAAAAAGAUGGGAACAAAAGCUGGAUGAUUUCUAUAGAGAGGUCAAUAUUGAGCCCUUAGUUUUAGAAAAAAAAAGUGAUAAAAUGUUCAAAUAAGUGAGAAAUUCAUUAAAAAUUUAAAUAUGGUUACAAAUAAA